CAGGGGCGUUCUCCGAGACCACCGGACGAUCCACACUGGAGAAGGCCUGUACAAGUGCCUGACUUGCUCAAAAACGUUCAGGCGAGAGAGCAGCCUGAAAAUCCACGAAAGAAUACACACCGGAGAGAAACCUUUCCAGUGUAAAGUCUGCCAGAAAGCGUUCACCCAGAAGACGUUGUUGAACUGCCACGAACUCACCCACGAAACCAAACGAGCCUACUCCUGCGAAAUCUGCUCAGCCACGUUCAAGCACUGGCGCAACCUCCAAGUGCACGAGAACGUCCACAAGGAAGAGAAGCCUUUCCGGUGCAACGUCUGCCCCAAGACUUUCUGUCGCAAAGCUAGUUUGAGCAUCCAUGAGAAACUCCACACUGGAGACAAACCGUUCCAGUGCCAGACCUGCGCGAGAUGCUUCAUUUUCGAGAGUCACUUGAGACGGCACGAGAAGUUCCACACCGACGAAAAGCCUUUCAGCUGCAAGAUGUGCUCCAAAACUUUUUACCGUGAGUGGAAUUUGAAGGAGCACGAAAGGGUUCAUGUGGGGAAGAAGCCUUUUGAGUGUAAGGUUUGUCAGAAGUUGUUCAGUACAGGAGGCAGUAUUAAAAGGCAUGAAAGGAUGCACAAGUUAGAACUAGUAUCCUAGCUGAUGCCUGCAAUUCAUACUUGAGAAGAAAGCUAGAUCCCACUUCUGAUUUGUAGUCAGGUAUGGUGUAAUGCGCCACUUCUGAAUAUUAUUGAGUGAAUCAGUAAUGGAGUAUCUCAGUCAAGAUUGGGAUUGAACAAUAAGCUGAACAAGAUGUAAGUACUAUCAGAGAUGUAAUGUGUGAAUGAUAAUUGAAAAAUUAAAUAUUUUCCCACGA